AUGGCAUCAAGAACUGCACUACCUUCGGUGACGACUAGGACGGUCCCGCAGCCUGCCCCCAAUGGCCUGGGCAACGGCCUGUUUGCGACAACCGACAUCAACCCCGGUGAGGAUGUUUUACACAUCAAAACACCAUUUGUGGCGGUUCUUGAUUCUCCACGUUUAGAAGACACAUGUGCUGGUUGCUUCGGAAAGAGACAGAUGGAAACUGGAAAUGAGUUGAAGGCUUGCACGGGAUGUCAUGUCGUGAAGUAUUGUGAUCGGGCGUGUCAAUCUAAGGAUUGGAAGUUUGCGCAUUCCCUUGAAUGCCCCAUCUUCAAAAAGGUUAAACCUAUGGUGCUUCCCAACAAUGCCCGUGCUCUCCUACGCAUAGUGCUGCGCACUGCGCGUAACAAAUACGAUUCUGAAGAGUCCAAGGUUUUUGAUGACUUAGAGACUCACAUCAAUGAGAUCUCGGAGAGCCAGGGCCAGCUUGAUAGGAUUAACCUGACGGCAAGAGCUGUCAAGAAUUACUCAGGAACGGAUGUGGAUGAAGGAACUGUCGCUUCUUAUGCUGCCAAGCUGGAUCUCAACUCCUUCAACCUCACCACCUCCAUGUAUGACCGCAUUGGUCUCUACAUGCAUCCAUAUGCCGGGUUGAUUAACCACAGCUGCGAGUACAACUCCACCGUUGGGUUUGACGGUGAAGAACUGUACGUCAAGGCUAUGCGUCCCAUCAAAAAGGGCGAGCAAAUCUUCAUUUCCUAUAUCGACACCACUACACCAUACGACAUCCGUCGCAACGAACUGAAAGAACGCUACUUCUUCGACUGUCAGUGCACAAAGUGCCAGAUGGGGGCGGAAACCCUUGAAGACCGGUUCUUGUCUACACCUGAAGACAUGGCGCCCCUAGAUACAGCAGAGCGUGAAGCCCUAGAACUCAUGCAGAAAGCAACUGCAACCAGCACGGAGCCAGCAGACGCAAUCGAGAAGUUGGAAGCUGCUAUGCACAAGCUGCAUGAAACAGCCCUCUGGCCUCUCACCCGUCAACCAUAUGCUUCUCUCCGCGACAAGCUGAUCAUAUCUCUUCUAACGGCUGGUAACUUUACCCGGGCAUUCAUCCACGCUGCCAUUCGAUACCUGCGCAUUGAUCCUGUUGUCUAUGACAAAGCCCAUCCCAUCCGACAUAUCCAUGCAUGGAGCCUGGUCAGGCUUACUGUCUUCAUUUCCCAGGAGGGCUUCCAGCCUAACCCCAAAGACCCUGUCCAGAUCAAUGACUUCAAGUUGAACUUUCACUACUUGAUUUGGUACAUUCUGGCUGAACUUACUAGUACUCAGGCGGAGAGCUGCACCGUGCCCAGCUUUAAGAAGCUUGUUGGAAAUCAGUUUGUACAGGUUCACAAUGAGUUCAAGGCCAAUGGCCUUGAUCCUAGCAAGACAAAGGCUGUUCUCUCUGCUGAGUGGAACAAGCUUGAACGUCUUGUCAAUAAAGCUCUAGAGAAAGAGUGA